GAUAUUAUUUAGCUGCUUCAACUCAAAAGGCUCUCAAGAGAAAGACCACAAAAAAGAGCAAAAAUGAGUGUGAAAUUAGUGUGUGGAGUCAGUUUCACUUUGGCGCUAAUGCUAACUAUUCAGUUGGCAAUAGCAAAGGCACCUAUUGCAAAGCCCAACUGUACAGACCAUUGCGGAAAUAUAAGAAUUCCGUACCCAUUCGGAAUGGGCAAUAGGGAUUGUUAUUUCAACGAAUCGUUUGAGAUUGAAUGCAAAGAAAGUAGAGCUUUUAUAAGUAAAAUCAAAAUGGAGCUCCUCAAUAUUUCUAUAGAAGGCUGGGCUAACGUCAAAAGUCCAAUCAUAUCCUCCAAUUGCUCCGACAGGAAGACCAAUCUGCCUUUCAAUUUGACGGGAAGUCCUUUCUUUAUUUCCGACGAGAACGUAUUCACUGCAGUAGGUUGCAACACCCGUGCUUUAAUGAUCGAUGAACCUCUCCAACGCCUUGGGUGUGAGUCCAAAUGCCUUGGCCAGAAGAAGGAUGUUGAUCGGCGACAAAUGCUUCCUAAUUUCAUGGAAGAGGUUUCUAGUGGUAAUUACUGGAUAGUGAACGAUUAUUGUAAUGGUACCGAUUGCUGUCAGGUUACAAUACCUUCAUCCCUUCAGGUUUUCGAUCCAAAAUUACAGGCCAUAGAUGAUAAUCAAAGCAAAAAUAGUUGCCAGCUGGCAUUCCUAGCAGGAACAUAUGGAGUAGAUUCCUGGAGAGAAAAGGAUCGCAAUGUCCAGUUUCCGAUGGUGCUAGAUUGGGUAAUCAAUUCUACCCUAAGGGAAGAUUAUCUAAGGACGAUGAAUUCCAGCCAAAGGAAAGGUGUUGUCCCGAAAACCUUUUAUUGCUACUACUACGGUUCUUCUUCUUCUUCUAAUAAGCCAAUAUUCCGUUGUUCUUGCAAACGUGGGUACGAGGGCAAUCCUUACCUUGAGUGCACAGAUAUUGAUGAAUGCAAAGAGCAAAAGCAUCAUUGCAAGGGAAUAACAAAAUGUGUGAAUACUUCGGGAUCAUUUAAAUGUGUACCUGAUGCAAAAUGGAUUAUAUUAUUGUGCGUAGGGGGGAUUAUUGGAGUAUUGGUAAUAGUCUUUGUUACUCGGAUAUUGUGCAAGCAUGUGAAGAAAAGAAGGAAAAUCGAACUCAGAAAAAAGUUCUUCAAAAGGAAUGGUGGGUUGCUAUUACAACAACCUUCAAGUGAUGGUAGUGUUCAGAAAACCAAAAUAUUUACAUCAAAGGAGUUGGAAAAAGCCACUGAUCAUUUCAAUGAUGACAGAAUACUUGGUCAAGGAGGUCAGGGUACAGUGUACAAGGGAAUGCUAGCAGAUGGAAGAAUUGUUGCUGUCAAAAUGUCCAAAUUAGUUGAUGAGGAAAAUCUACAAGAAUUUAUUAAUGAAGUUGUGAUUCUUUCUCAAAUCAAUCACAGGAAUAUUGUCAGCCUUUUGGGAUGCUGCUUGGAAACAGAAGUUCCCUUGCUAGUCUAUGAAUUCAUACCCAAUGGAUCUCUUUUUCAAUAUCUCCAUGACCAAAAUGAGGCGUCUUCAUUACCAUGGGAAAUGAGAGUACGGAUUGCGAGUGAAAUUCCUGCGGCACUUGCAUAUUUGCACUCAGCAGCUUCUACUCCAAUUUACCAUCGUGACAUUAAAUCUACAAAUAUACUCUUAGAUGAGAAACACAAAGCAAAAGUAUCCGAUUUUGGAACUUCAAGAUCAAUUGCGAUUGAUCAAACUCAUUUGACAACUCAUGUGCAUGGCACUUUUGGUUAUUUGAAUCCAGAGUACUUCCAAUCUAGCCAAUUUACAGAUAAGAGUGAUGUCUAUAGCUUUGGAGUAGUUCUAGUGGAGCUUUUAAGUGGACAAAAGCCAAUUUGUUCAAGUAGCUCACAAGAAACCAUGAGUCUUGCCACACAUUUCAUUCUUUUGAUGGAAGAGAACAGACUUCAUGACAUUGUUGAUGUGUGCAUUAUGGAGGAUUGUCAUGAAGAAGAAAUUGUUGCAGUAGCUAAUCUAGCUCUAAGAUGCUUAAAUUUGAAUGGAAAAAAACGACCUACAAUGAAAGAAGUUGCAUUAGAGUUGGAAAGGAUUCGACCAUCACCAAGUAAUAACUUACAUGUUCAACAAAAUACUGAAGAGACUGAAAAGACCAUGGCUGCUGAAGUAAUUAUAUUGCAGAUGGAUGAUGUUCCUACUUCAAUUACUUGUGAUUUUAACUGCUAAUGUUGAAGUUGUAAUAAUAGGUCUUUG